AUGGCAGAAUUUCUUCCCACUGCCCUCAAGAUCCCCGAAAUCAGUCGCUUUGUCAACCGCGCCAACCAGCUACGGUCAAUCAAGCCAGCCAUUGCCUAUUGGUGCGAAUACCAUGCCGUCAACCAGAUUGUCGGCAAGAGUCUCCAUUCUUCCGAUGACGAUGCCUUCUUAUACACCAAGACGUUAAUUGAGCGCCUCGAGACCACAAAGACCGAGCAUGCAACAGAAGAGGCUAUUGUCGACAAUGAUGUUGCCAAGGCCUACGUCGAGCAGUUUGCACAGCAGACCUUUAACCGCGCCGAACGCACCAUGCACGCCGGCAAGGUGACAAGACAGACGGCCGACACAUUCGACGCUGCUGCCACAUUCUUUGAUGUUCUCCGAGAAUGGGGCGAUCCUGAGCCCGAGGUUCUUCAGAAAAUCAAGUUUGCUAAAUGGAAUGCUGCCCGCAUCCUCAAGGCGAUCCGCGAGGGCAAGGACCCUAACGAAUCAAAUCCUACUCCUGUUAAGCCAAGGGAGAUGCCCGCGCUUGAUCUUAACGACCCCGAGGUGCAGGAGCUCACCUCUCCGGGGGCCGUUCCCCCCAAGCCUGUCUCUGUGGAGGAUGCUGUUGAUGUUGGCGAACCUCCUAAACUCGUGGCUCAGGAUGACUACUUCCCAGCUGGUUCCACCGUCCCACAAACAGAUCCUACCGAGAACUCUCCCUCUCCUCUCACGCCACCGGCCCAGGACAUGCCAUUUGGCAACUCUCCGUCUACCUCGUCGCAGGUUCCUCUUCAGCCAUCGCCUCAUAUCCCCACCAAAGUACCUCGAGAGUUCAUCUCGCCCGUUGGACCACCGCCAGAGGAUCCCUCUGCUCCGGAUUUCAUAGACUCUGUCCCUUUAGGCUUUUCAGACCCUGAUCCGCCAGAGGUCCUCCCUGAGAGCUCGUUUGCAUCACCCGCUCCUACCCCCACCCUAGCACACGUCCCGGCACCUUCUCCAACUCCGGCUGUGGGAUCUACGACGGCCAACUUCAGGGACAUCAACCAAGCCCAAAAGCAUGCCAAGUGGGCUAUCUCGGCCCUCAAUUUUGAGGAUGUCCCAACUGCUAUCGGGGAACUGCGAAAAGCUCUGGCUGCGCUAGGCAGUCAAUAG